AUGGCUGAUGAUUAUGGGCCGGCUUACACUCUAAGGCUCGGAAGUCACCGAGCGUUGGUCAUCAGCAAUCCACAGAUGGUGAAAGAUUGCUUCACCAUCAAUGAAAGAAAUUUUGCAACCAGGCCUAAUCUCUCUGCGGGCCGCUACUUGAACUACGACAAUGCUGGUUUUGGAAUGUCGCCAUAUGGUCAGUAUUGGCGAGAGAUGCGAAAGAUGGCGGUUUCUGAGCUCUUUACAAGCCAACGUGUUGAAAAGUUCAAGCACAUCCGUACCUCACAGGUGAAGAACUCCAUUAACGAGCUCUCCAUGUUGUCCCAAAGGAAUGGGGGCCGAGCAUCUGUAAUUAACAUAAGCAAGUGGUUCGAGCGCAUACCGCUCAAUAUUAUUGUAAGAAUCCUAGUGGGGAAAGGAUUCUCCAAUGGUAACAACGAACAAGAGUCGCAUGUAAAAGAAGCCAUAAAGAAACUAGUGUGUCUUUCAGGUGUUUUUGUUGUGUCGGAUUUCUUUCCUAAUCUUGAUUGGAUGGAUAUUGGAGGGCAUCUUAAAGCUAUGAAGCAAGUGGCGAAAGAGCUUGAUGGUGUCAUUGAAAAGUGGCUUAACGAACAUAUUGAGAAGACAAGAAUGUGA